AUGGGAUUUACGGGAGUUUCCUUCUAUGUGGACUCGGGUUUUGUUGAGGGCAACCCAGGUCACGUCUCAACGGAUGGCAUAUGGAGCCUGGAUGAAUUCUUCGACGCUGCUACCCAAGCAGGUAUAUACCUCAUUGCUCGACCAGGUCCAUACAUCAACGCAGAAACUUCAGCAGGAGGCAUUCCUGGUUGGGUUCUACGAAAGAAUGCUACCAUCCGCUCAGACAAUCCAGAGUAUCUCAACACAACCAUCAACUACAUGAACACUAUGGGUCGGAUAAUUGAAAAGGCUCAAAUCACCCAUGGAGGACUGGUGAUAUUAGUGCAGCCCGAGAACGAGUAUUCCACUUGGCCUGGCGUGACCGAUUACCCAUCAUCAACGAAUCGAAGGUACAUGGACUUCGUGGGGAAGCAGCUCCUCGAAGCCGGCAUCACUGUUCCACUCAUAGUCAACGAUAAUGUGGCAAUGGGCUACUGGGCGCCAGGAUCUGGUCUGGGAGUGGUAGAUAUCUACGGAAUUGAUUCCUACCGACUACGCUAUAAUUGCGCACACCCAACUAUUUGGCCGACUUACCGGUUCCCAUAUAAUUGGCAGGGAGGCUCUGGAGAAGGAUGGGGAGGAGUUGUUCAAGACAAGUGCGGAGAACUUGUAAACGCAGAGGCUGCCCGAGUGGUCUACAAGAGCAAUUAUAGCUUUGGCGUGAAUAUUUUUAACAUAUAUAUGACGUACGGUGGCACAAACUGGGGCAACCUCGGCUACCAUGGUGGGGACACCUCCUACGACUAUGGCGCAGCCAUCAUAGAAGAACGAGACAUUUGUUGGGUGUCAACGGUUCGUAUGGAGCACCGGCUUCAAUCGCAGUCACACCUCUUCUCCGGAAUGUAUAGCCUCGCAGUCUCUACAAGUGUCGGAACCAUCAGCAUUCCUCAGCUCGGAGGCAGCUUGACCCUCAACGGGCGCGGUUCCAAAUUUCACGUCACAGAUUAUGAUCUGGACAGCAUCAACCUGAUUUAUUCGACAGUAGAAAUAUUCACAUGGGCAAGGGGACUCGGAUCGUCUCGAGUCUUAGUCUUGUAUGGUGGUGCUGGCGAAACACACGAGUUCGCUCUGUCGCGCCAUCUUGGAAAUCCGGCCAUAAUCGAGGGAGACAAUGUCUCAUUCUACCCGAAAGACUCAAUGUGGGUUGUACGCUGGCAAGUCAGACGCUAUCGCAGUGUUAUCAGGUUAUCAAACUUGGAGAUAUACCUUGUUUGGCGCAACGAGGCGUACAACUACUGGGCGUUGGAGCUGCCAGCGUCGCACCCGAUCGGGAAUUUCUCGUCGCCAUCUAAGGAGAUGGUUAUCGUCAAAGCUGGCUACCUUGUUCGUAGUGCUAAGUUGGUCAACAAGCAGCUCUGGCUGUCUGGUGAUGUCAACACGACAACAAAGAUCGAAGUCAUCUCCACACCCGUUGGACAAUUGGAAGGAUUGGUCUUCAAUGGACAGCAAAAGAAUACAUCGUGCACAACAACGGGCAAAUUGUCUGCUAUUAUCGAGUACCAACCGCCAAUGCUUGACAUUCCAGAUUUGACCAAUCUGCGGUGGAAGUACAUAGACACACUCCCGGAAAUCAAAUCAUCAUAUGACGACUCUGCUUGGCAGUCCUGCGACAAACUCCUCACCCACAAUCCCUGGGAUCAGGACACUCCUACGAAUUUGGAUGCCAUGGGCUAUGGCUUCCAUACUGGAUCCUUGCUGUAUCGGGGUCACUUCUCCGCAAAUGGGCAUGAAUCGUACAUUUGGCUCAACCUCAGGAGGAAUUGGAUUCCGUCAUUCUCCCUGUCUUCCGGAACUCAGCACAUUCUCUCCGUAUUGAUCGACAAUAUGGGUCAGGAUGAGGUAGCGCCCGGUACAGAUGCCAUCAAGUUCCCUCACGGCAUUCUCGGAUACCAAUUAUCCAACCAUGCGCAGACCGAUGUCUCUUGGAAAGUGACUGGUAACCUUGGGGGUGAGCAGGUUAUCACUAUCACAGUUCCCCCCGACUCUGAGUGGGAAGUAUCAAGCCCGUUCAAGAGCGGCUUGUCAAAAGCCGGCGUUGGGUUUUACACAACAUCCUUUCGCCUCAAUAUUCCGGAUGGCUGGUUUGUCCCUUUCAGCAUUGCGUUCAACAAUUCCACUGCAGGCGAUUCGUCCCAGAGACCCAAUGGACUAAAUUAUCGCUGCCAGCUAUACGUCAACGGAUACCAGUAUGGAAAGUAUAUUAACAACCUGGGGCCCCAGAAGUCGUUUCCGGUCUCGGAAGACAUCCUCAACCACAAUGGUAUCAACUACAUAGCGUUGACUCUAUGGGCUCAGGAUCCUCAGGGAGCAAGACUCGGUGGCUUGGAUCUGGUACCAAGCAUGCUCGUCCGCUCCGACUAUGUCAAACGACGACGUGCACCCCAACCUGCUUGGGCGCCUCGAUCGGGUGCAUACUAG